UAAAUGUGACGUAGCAGGAGGCGGAGGCCGAUGGGCGGAGUCAUCGCAGAGUGUAGUUAGACGGGAACCACACAGCAGUACAUAUUAAUGCUUUUAACAGCAACGGGAGACUUGGAGAGAGAUUUAACCCAAAUCCUUAUCAAUCAUGGACCCAAACACCAGCGGACUGGAGCAGAAGUUGGCUGAAGCGGGCCAGUCUCACCUCCUGCAGUUCUGGAAGGAGCUGAGCCCUAAAGAGCAGCAGAACCUCUUCCAGGAGCUUCAGGGUUUAGAUUUCCAGGAGAUCAACGGGUUCUUCAAGAACGCCAUGGAGACGUCCAGCAACAGCAAACACGAGAAGAUGGACGGCCGCAUGGAGCCGGUUCCCAGGGAUGUACUCGGGAGUGUGACGAGAGACAGGGAGAGCCUGAAAGACUGGGAGGUCAAAG